AUGGCUGCCGCUCCUGCGAAGACGCUGAACAGCUUCACCUCAGGCAUUGGGCGUGUCUCUAAGCGGCUCGUUGCCUCCUAUGUCCUCGACUGGAUUCUCAUAUGGGCCACAAUUGCAGUCGGCGCCGCCUUCUCGCAAAUCCACGGCAAUAGACAUACCUUCUCGCUUCAAGAUCCAAACAUCUCCUUUCCUUACCACGAUGAUACUGUCACCGUUCCAGUCCUGAUCGUCGUGGCCGUUAUUGCACCCGGAGUCAUCACUGCUGCAAUCUCCCUUCUUUUCGUCCCUGGCCCGACCGCCCAUCGAUCAACGGCCAAGGCAUUGCUCUGGCGCAGAAAGCUCUGGGAAUGGAAUGCAGCAUGGAUGGGUCUUGGAGUGGCCCUUGCAGGGGCAUUCGUCAUCACCGAAGGGCUCAAGGAUCUCACGGGGAAACCCCGACCUUUUCUGCUCGCCGUGUGCGAUCCAGACUUGAGCCCUGAAGCCAUCCGCAAAUACCAAGUGGGCGGACUGGGGACAUCUAUAGACUCUGCCACGCCGAUCGUUGUCGAUUGGCAUAUCUGUCGCACCACGGACCAGAGCAGAUUGCGUAAUGCAUUCGCCAGUUGGCCCUCGGGCCAUUCAAGCUUUAGCUGGGCAGGCAUGCUCUAUCUCACCUUGUUCAUCUGCUCCAAGUUCGCCGUCCAGAUUCCAUUCCUAUCAUCAACCUCCGAGAGUGGGCGACGCAUUCCCGCCUUCGAUGAAGAGGAGGAUCAAUUAGGAAAAGAAUCAAUAACCUCCUCUUUUCACCAGCGGCCUCAUCCUCCUCGAAAUCAAGCAGCGGCUCCCCCGAUAUAUCUGCUGAUCAUUGCAUUUAUUCCCAUUGCCGUCGCCAUGUUCAUCUCAGUGUCACGGUACUUUGACAAUCGUCACACCGGAUUCGACAUCAUUUCGGGCUCAGUCCUCGGAAUUUUCACCGCCUGGCUGGGAUUCCGAUGGUAUCAUUUGCCGAUUCAGGGAGGAAGUGGAUGGGCUUGGGGAGCGAGAAGUCGUGAUCGAGCGUUCUGGCUGGGCGUAGGCCGUGCAGGAUAUGUGGGAGAUGAAGGAUGGGAGGCUGCGCACUUGACAGCGCACCGUGGAGAUCUGUCAACGGGUCAACGGGUCACAACAGCAGGUCUCCCUGAUCAGCAAGAUGCAACAGAGACGGUUGUGGCAAACAGAGUUUAG